UGCGUGGGGGGGGGGGGAGUGGACGCGUAAUGGCGGCGGGCCCAUAAUGGCGGCGAGCGGGAGGAGCUGGUUCGGCGCCCUGGCGCUCGGCGUCUCCUUCCUCAAGUGCCUCCUCAUCCCCACGUAUCAUUCCACAGAUUUUGAAGUGCACAGGAAUUGGCUUGCCAUCACGCACAAUUUACCUCUCUCUCAGUGGUACUAUGAAGCAACUUCAGAAUGGACCCUGGAUUAUCCACCUUUUUUUGCUUGGUUUGAGUAUGCGCUAUCACAUAUUGCCAAGUACUUCGACCCCAAGAUGUUGGUCAUUGAAAAUCUAAAUUACAGCAGUCAUGCAACCGUCUUCUUCCAAAGAUUUUCAGUCAUCUUUACGGAUAUCCUUUUCAUCUAUGCAGUUCGUGAAUGCUGCCGAUAUGUAAGUGGGAAGCGAGCUGCAAAGGAUAUUUUGGAAAAACCAACGUUUAUUCUUGCUGUUCUGCUCUUGUGGAACUUCGGGCUGUUAAUUGUGGAUCAUAUUCACUUUCAGUACAAUGGCUUUCUAUUUGGCCUGAUGCUUCUCUCUGUUGCUCGACUAUGUCAGAAAAGGUAUUUGGAGGGCGCUCUUCUUUUUGCUAUUCUUCUGCAUUUCAAACACAUCUACGUGUAUGUGGCCCCAGCAUACGGCAUUUAUUUGCUGCGAUCCUAUUGUUUUACUGCAAAUAAUGCAGAUGGAUCCCUGAAGUGGAGGAGUUUCAGCUUUCUUCACGUAACUCUUCUGGCAUUGAUUGUUUGUCUUGUUUCAGCUCUUUCGUUGGGCCCCUUCAUAGUGUUGGGCCAGCUGCCUCAAGUCAUUUCACGGCUCUUCCCUUUCAAGCGAGGCCUCUGCCAUGCUUACUGGGCCCCAAACUUCUGGGCUUUGUACAAUGCCGUGGAUAAAGCGCUCACAGUUGUUGGCUUAAAGUACAACUUCCUUGAUCCCACAAAAAUUCCUAAAGCCUCAAUGACAGGAGGGCUGGUUCAAGAAUUUCAGCACACUGUCCUUCCUUCUGUGACUCCGCUGGCAACGUUGGUCUGUACUUUCAUAUCUAUCUUGCCCUCUGUUUUCUGUCUUUGGUUUAAACCUCAAGGGCCCAGAGGCUUCCUUCGGUGCCUUGUUCUUUGUGCAUUGAGCUCCUUCAUGUUUGGUUGGCACGUGCAUGAAAAAGCAAUACUCCUCGCUAUUCUGCCUUUAAGCUUGUUGUCUGUUCAGAGAGCAAAGGAUGCUGGCAUCUACUUGAUCCUGACAACCACAGGGCAUUUCUCCCUUUUCCCGUUGCUGUUCACAGCACCAGAACUUCCAAUCAAAAUACUGCUUAUGCUGCUGUUUACAGUUUAUAGCUUCUCUUCGCUGAAAUCUCUAUUCAGGAGAGAGAGGCCUCUCCUUAACUGGCUUGAAAUAAUCUACCUCGUCCAACUGGUGCCUUUGGAAAUCUUCUGUGAAAUUGUAUUUCCUCUGACCUCCUGGAAGCUGCAGUUUCCUUUUGUCCCUCUGUUGCUGACCUCUGUUUACUGUGCUCUGGGUGUCACGUACGCUUGGCUGAAACUGUACAUCUGUGUCUUGACUGAGCACGUUUUUGUGAGGCAGAAGGCUGAGUAAAGCUGUGUUGGUGGGACCCAUUCCAGGUUACCCCUUUGAGGGGAUUAUCCAGCACGGUGAGGUGUUGUUGUAAGGACAUAUGCUGCCUUACAGCCAGCUGUGUGUGUACCAUCUCCGUGAGGAGAGUUUGUCUUUUUGCUUCUGUACUGUCCAACUACUAUACCUCUGAUCAGAAACACUCAUCACAAUAACGUGGUCCACUGAGACGACACUUUGCCAUGAAUAAACUGUGAAGCUUAACGAAAAAGGAUUUUGUAUUCAUAUUGACUAUGUAAGAGGUUCAGACUUCUGUCCUGAGGAAAACCUGCCUGGCUUUCCCGUUACUGUCUGUAUUUUAAUAAAAAGGGAACCAGAAAUUACAAGAGGUCAUUGCUGUGUAGAGAGAGCAUUGUAACUGCAUACUGUGGAAUAUGAAAAUAAAAGGAACUUUGGUCUCUUUGUUUUCA